AUGGCACUGCUGUACACACUGGUGAUAUUGGUGCUGUUGCUUCCAAGCCACUGUUCCCAUGUAUCAGCGCACGCGCUCAGCAAAGGUUUUGCACCAUUUGCCGCCAAACUAUCUGUUUCUGAAUCGCUCUUUCCAGAUAUUGUUGGGACUGUAGAUUCCAAUGACUUUAAACACUUGUUAUUAGUGGAAGACGUUUGGAAAUCAGUGUCCCGCCUCCCAUGUGUGCGGAACAAUGGAUCGAGUAACUUGGUCCACACCACAGCACGGAUGAAUAUAUCUGAGCAAUGUCGUCGUGAUCUGGAAGAAUAUUACUGCGAUCUUGAAGAAUCUGAACCAUACGCUUUACAGAUGUUUUCUGCAAAUGGAGAGUUUCCUUUGGACUUCAUGGUUACGGGAAACACCAAAUCACUUGGAACGUUCAGUCAGUGCGAAGCAGUCAAGGAUACCCCAACUGAGUCGUCGUUUGAUGCGAAUUACUGCCUAGUUACUGUUGAUUCAAUAAUAAUAAGAUCGUUUAAAUUAGGAUAUUGUGUUCCUAAGUCAUGUGGGAACGAAGAUGUUGUCACAAUAGUGGAAACAGUUACCAGUAUUCUUCCUCCCCAUCUACGGAUGAGUUCUACGUCUUCGUGUAACAACGAUUAUGAUCUGGAUGCGGGUGCCAUAGCAACAAUAUGUUUCUGUGUCAUAUUUUGUGUUUUGGUUUUCGUCGGUACAAUAUAUGAUAUAUACAUAAAAAUUAAACGGCGUAAUCAUAAAGAAGAGUCUUCUCGCAAUAAUGCUGGCGACAGAACUAUACAUCAAGGGUAUAUCCAUCAGUUCAUCUUGGCGUGUUCGUUUCUGGAAAAUGGUCGUAAGAUUCUGUCAGCCAGGGUAACCUCUCCAUAUCUGCUGUGUUUGAACGGAAUACGUGUACUCAGUUUUUCAUGGGUGUUCAUUGGUCACGUGUUUAUAGGACUGCUGAUUGUUACUGAGAAUUUGAAGUAUUUUCUUCACUGCUUCAAAGGAUUUUGGUAUCAAUCGAUAUGGAACGCAACAUUUUCCGUUGAUUCAUUCUUCUAUUUAAGUGGUUUGUUAGUGACAUACCUAUCAAUGAAACAGAUGGCUAGAAACAAUGGUAAAAUUAACUGGUUGGUGUAUUACAUUCAUCGAUAUUGGAGAAUAACAUGGGUGUUGUUGUUUGUAAUGUUGUUUUAUACAUACCUUAUUCUACACAUAUUUGACGGACCGAUGUAUCAGAAUCCCCAUAAAUUUGGAAGAAAGAACUGCAAAGACUAUUGGUGGACGAAUAUCUUGUAUAUAAACAACUUGUACCCUUUUCCCGGUAUUGAGGGCCCUUGUAUUGGAUGGGUAUGGUAUCUGGCAUGUGAUAUGCAGUUCUAUUGGCUCAGUCCACCAAUACUUAUUCUGCUUUACAGGUCUUGGAAAUGGGGCAUGAGGUUAAUCGCAUCAUUGUGUGUGGCGUGUUGGUGUGUCGUCGCUCUUAUUUCUACUCAUUUUGGGGAAGUUGCUUCAAUAUUCCAUGAGAGAUACAAUGAUAACAUCAAUGAUGCAAAUGGUGACGACGUUAUAUAUGGGAAACCAUACACACGGUGGCCUGUGUACAUGGUUGGCAUGGUUACAGGAUAUAUACUCUAUAGAUUGGAAGGGAAAACGUUAAAAAUGAAUGUGGCAUAUGUAAUUAGUGGUUGGUGUGCUGCCAUUGCUACAGGAUUGGCUAUAAUCUAUGGUCUAUGGUACACAGUAGAAGGACACUAUAUGCCACAAUGGUUAGCUGUGUUAUAUAUCACACUUAGUCGUCCAGCAUGGGCUGCAGCAUUGGGCUGGAUGACAAUAUCAUGUGUCACAGGAUAUGGAGGUCCAGUCAACACUAUUCUGUCAUGGAAGAUUUGGAUACCAUUGUCACGACUCACAUUCAGUGCGUACAUGAUACAUCUUCCUGUCAUUGUCAUGGGAUACCUGAGCCGUGAUAGGUUGUUAUUCUAUGACGUAUACAAUGUGGUUUAUUUGAUACUUGGGGGAAUUGUCCUGACUUUUGCUGUGGCGUUUACCAUAUCCGUAUUUUUAGAAAGCCCAACCAUUGGCUGGGAGAAAAUCGUACUGAAGAGAAAGAAGUGA